AUGGAAAAGAUGAAACUAUACGGAGGUAUUUCUUUUUUCGUCUUAGUUUUGUUAACACAAGGUUAUAAAGCUGCUGUUGGUGAACCUUUGAGAAAAGAAUUUGGACACCAAAAUAUCGCCAGAUCCAUUACUGGAAAAGUGAUUGCGUCCACCAAGACCAGAGAAGAAAUGUUGUGUCAGCUGAWGUGCCAUGGACUAGACAACUGUGACAUGUAUAACUUUAACACCAUGACGAAACAAUGUCAGCUAUUCAACGGCCAUUUACAUCACUCUUGGGUGGAGAGUCCUGGGUAUUGGUUGUUCCGCGUAAGAAUCAAGUGUAAAAAAGAUGAUUGCAAAAACGGUGGAGUUUGCUUUGUUACCGACGAAAGGGAGGUUUGUCUCUGCCCUAUUUGUUGGAUUGGUCAUCUAUGUCAAAACAAAGCAAAUAUCAAGGAAGUUUUCCAUUUUCCAAGAAAAUCCAGCAACGAUUACGUCAUUAUGAAAGAACCCUUUGUUUCCUUGAGAGCUUUCACGCUUGCAUUGUGGGUACAAGUGGACAACAGUACCAAAGAACACGCACCCUUUGCGUUCACUACGCCAACUUCUGAGGAGGAAAUAGAAAUAUGGCUAAGCGGCAAGGAUUACACCGCUUUUUACAUCAAAGAUAAACCUGGGUAAGAUUCGCUUUGUCUCGUAAAGGACGCGCUCGUUGACUGUUUCCCCAGAAAGGGCUUUUCGUGUCGCGUGUUGAUACGAAAGUGAACUCUAAAUGAU